UGCUUAAUUUGGGAUGUGGUGCGCGGCGCCGAGGAGAGAAGUUUGUGGAGAGACAGUCAGAGACCUAGCAGGGCUGAUGUAUGGGACUUCCUUCCUCCUCCUUACUGUAGCUCGAGCAUGGAGUUGUGGGCUUAUAAAUACGCGCUAAUUACUCUGGGCAACAAACGAGCCUAACCCAAGGAGCGGCGGGACCUCGGAGAACUUUGAAGGAACACCGAGGCUGCAACAUGAAGGAUGUAACGGGACUGUUCGCCGUUGUGUUACUCUUCCUAGCGGCGACGGGAGGCGGGACGCCGCUGAGUGUAGAGUGCACGUCGACACAGUGUGCCGCUGUGGUCCAAGAAGGCGAACGUUUCAAAACAGCGCAGGACAAAUGCGCCAGCAACGGUGGCCACUUAAUGACAGUGCGCUCCUCGUCACAUGCUUUACUUCAACUGUUGUUAAAGGACGAAACGGAACCCUUCUGGAUCGGUUUGCGCCGCACCACCGCCUGUCCAGACCCUGAAGGCGAGCUGAAGGGCUACCAGUGGGUGACCGAAGACCCUCUCAGUGAAUAUUCUAACUGGCUGCCAACUUUUGACAGCAGCUGCACUUCUCCCCGCUGCGUCUCGGUUUCCAGAGAGAACGACUUUAAAUGGACCCAAGAGCCAUGCGGGGAGCAGAAGCUCGGGUUCCUGUGCGAGUACAGAAUGGAUGAGCUAUGCCUUGCCCUGGAUAAUGCAGGGAGUGGGCGGAUCCACUAUUGGACACGGGUGGGCAAUAUGUCUGAGGAGUCGCUGAUUCUGCCAGGCACCGUCGCCACACUCGAGCCAUCCGAAACCAAGUACUUAUGCUUCGGUAAACAGUGGAUACCGGCGCCGUGGAGCUGUGAGGUGGAGGAGGGUGGGUGUGAGCACAAGUGUGCAGUGGACGAUGGAAACGUCCCCUUCUGUUACUGUCCGCAGGGACAAAGCAUCAACCCGAAGAACGGACUCACCUGCGAGGUGCCCGUGAAGGACGACCCGUGCCUGGAGCUCCGCUGUCAACAAGCCUGUCACUCCAACGACGGUUCGCCCGUGUGCGUGUGCGACGUGGGUUUCCACCUGGCGCCGGACGGCCGCUCCUGCCUGGAUGAGGACGAGUGCGCAGAUAAACGUCGGUGUCCCGGCGAGGGGCUCACCUGUUUGAACAGCGUGGGCAGCUAUAAGUGCGUCUGCAGGCCCGGAUUCCUGCGCAGCGGGGAUCAGUGCGCGGACGAGGACGAAUGCGCAUCCGCUCCCUGUGAACACAAGUGCACGAACACGUACGGCGGCUACGAGUGCUCGUGUUACGACGGGUACCAAGUGGACCCCAAGUUUCCGAACAGGUGCCAGCUGUACUGCGGUGAAGUGGAGUGUCCGGCGGAGUGCGACCCCAACGACCCGUUCCAGUGCUACUGCGCUGAUGGUUACAUUUCCGAGGAGAGAGGAGACAGUACGGUGUGCAUCGACAUAGAUGAGUGUGAGUUCGACCUUUACUUCAUUUGGGAGAACGCCGUCGGCGGCUACGUGUGCUCCUGUAAACGAGGAUACAAGAUGGUGGACGAGUACAAGUGCGAAGAAACGGAUGAAGAAAUCGUACCUACAACUGAAGUCGUCGUUCCACCCGAGCCUGAGCCCACCAGGCAGCCCUCGGGGGUCUCCAAGGGGGUUUUCAUCGCCAUCAUAUUUUGCACCACGAUUCUGACCGUGUUGCUGGUUUUUCUCGGACAUCACGCGCUCUGUAACCGCAGAAAGGAGACGCAGAGCGUCGGUGCGCUCAAAGCCCAGGCCGGUGAAGACCACGGUUUACAGCUUCUGGCCAGUGACGCUUAAAAUCACUCAUAUUUGAAGUAAAAAAAAAAAGAAGAAGAAAAGACUGAAGACAUGUGAAUGUACACUUGAAUUUGAUUCUCCUACUAACUUUUGUGAAAACAUUUCUAUGUCUUGUCACCACUGUUUAGAGGGAAAAGAACAGUAAAUCAUGUCCAUAAAUAUAUAUAUAUUUUAAAAAGAUAUUCAGGACAAAUGUACUAUUUUGAAUGCAGGCUAGUGUGCGUGCUAAAUGAACCAGCACUACAAUUAUAAUAAUGAUGCCACAAGUGUCUCACAUCUGCUCCGUGAUACGAGUGCAGGAUCUGAAACACACCGAGUGCGACACCGUGUGGAGAAAAGGGUGAAGUGCAGCAAGAACAGAGACAUUUCUGGUUCAUUACUGGUCACAUACUUCAUUCUGAUGUGGGUUUUCUCGCAGUUCUGCUUGAAAGGAGAAUUAAAUAAACAAAUGUAAGUGUU